AUGACCAAAGGUUUUAGAUACGAUGUUAUUCAGCUAAUACAUGCAAUAAGGGAUAGACCGUGUCUUUGGGAUAAGACAAUUGAGAGUUAUAAGGACAGGAUUGAAAGACGAAAUGCUUGGGAAGAUAUUUUUAACAUGUUGGAUGAAUCUUAUAAUAAUAUGAGUUUCGAAGACAAACGGAUGACAGGUGAAUACGUACUGAACAAGUGGACGAACAUUCGAGAUACAUUCGUGAAGACACUAAAGAGCAAAAUGGGUAAACCAAAGAAGAAAUACUUGCUUUACGAACAUUUAAAAUUCCUUAUGAAAAUUAUUCCGGACGAAGAACAAAGUUUAGAAGUAAGUAUUGAAUGCCCAGAAAAUGACAACAAUGAACCAGUUGAAGAAACAUUAUCCUUCGUGAAACAAGAAAUCAGUGAAGCGGAAACCAGUUACACAAAUCGCAAGAAGAGGAAAACUGACUACAAUGAUGGCGAUGUUCCUAAAAAGAAAAAGAGUCGAAAUGGUGAGAAACAUAGAAAGAAGUAUGAAAACGAUGAAGAGUCUUGUGAUACGGGAGAAAUUGAUUUUGUUGAAGUAGAUGCGGAGCCUAGAUUAAUGAAUGAAGAUGAAGCUUUCUUUGCAUCGCUUCUGCCUACAGUUGUAAAGUAUAGCGAGGAUGAAAGACUGGAGUUUCGAAUUGAAGUUUUAGCUGUUAUGAAGAAAAUUAAAGAUAACAGGAAAUGGAGUACGGAGUAGGAAACGAUGUAAUUAUUUAACCGAAUCAAAUUAGGUCUGUGGGCUAUGAUAUAAUAAUCGCGUGUAGAAACCCAGAGGUAAUGUUCCUCCUAAAGUAUAAGCCUUGUAUUUUGAGCACCUUCAGUUUAGACACUUUCUUUGGGCGCAUUUAUUCGACACGACUUUCAUCGCGCUCACCCCGCGCGUCCCGGGCACGCGGGCGAGCCUGUCUUGAAAUUGGACCACGAAGCGCCCGGGCGGUUGUCUUAUUCAGAGGAAUUUAAAUGUUAUUGUCACGAAAACUUUAAAAUCUAUAUCACUAAUUGCUUUGAUGCUCUAAGACUAAUUGUGACUGCAAAAACCGACCUCAAAAGUUCGUGGAAUUUCAUCUAUUUAUCAAGUUUUAUUGAAAUCGGUUACCGGAAAGUGCGCGAAACCGGAUUAGUCCCCCAGUUUGCCA